AUGCAAUCCUUUGACCCGUUUCGGGUGGUGGGCUCCAUCUGCGGAUCUGUCCCGGUGUCCCCCACGCUGCUCUACGGUACGCCGGUGCUGAUGGUGGCCACUGGCCGCACCUUUCAGCUGUACAAGGGAAAGGAACUGGCGAUGAUGCGCGGAGGUCCGACGUUUCAGGACGCGGUGCAGGCGGUGGCACAGGCCGGCAAGUACCGCGCUGUCGGGGAGGGGCCGCGCCUGCACGUCUACGUGCACCACAAGCCCCUCUGGUCGAGCCAUCAUGAAGCUGCCACAAAACCGAACAUCACACUCCUGUUGGCCCAGGAUGACCUCCUCUUCAGCGUUGGCGAGGACAAGCGUAUCGUCGUGUGGGAGCUUAAGACGGGUACGGUGCUACAAGAGAUGUUGGUGGAGAAGAGUGAGACGGUCACGUGCCUUGCACUUUUGACAGCGUACACGAACAAGCUGCUUCUCGCGACGGCAGAGGGAACGCUGCAGCUCUGGAACUUCCGCUCUGGUGUCUGCCUGUGGUACUCCGUGCGCAGCUGUAGCGGCAGUGGUAGUAGCACCGGGCAGACAUCACGCGCCACCGCUGGGGGUGUCGCCGCCAUCACGGCGCUCGCUUGUAGUAGGUACAAGGACAUCAUCGUCUACGGCACAACGGAGGGGAAGGCUGUUGUGUGCAACGUGGCAGCGGAUGAGGUAAUCACCACUUUCGACCAUGGCGACAGCGGCGCCGUUACUUCGCUGCUAUUUCGCACGGACAAGGACGGCCUGCUGGUGACCGGAACGAGUCGUGGGGAGGUAGUCGUCUGGGACCUCGAAAAUCGAUGCAUGGAUGGCACCUUGACCCGGUCUAAGCAAGUGCGGUCGGAGCUGGAGGCACUGGAACGUCCUCACGUCGACGUCGUGCACUCGCUCGUCAUGUUCGACUUACCUGAGUACACAUCACUGCUCGUCACAGGUGGCGCUGACAACGCCCUCAUGCAAUUCCGUUUUGACACCGUGGACGGUCUUGGUGUUUUGGUGCGGGAGCGCCGCGGGCACAUGGGGAGCUGCACAGACGCCAUAUUUUACAACACAGACCUUCUUGUCACGGCCGGAAACGACCGAGCCCUGCGUGUCACGCACGUCUUUUCCGAUCGGGCCUCAUGGGAGUUGUCGCAGGGCAAGUUGGGCAAGCGCGGGCGCGAGCUGAACAUGGGGCGGGAAGCCGUGAAGCUGCCUCCUGCCAUCGCGCUUGCCGCCUCGACCACGCGCAACUACCAGUGGUCGAGUCUUGUGUCGCUACACACCGCAUCUGCGCUGGCAUGCGGCUGGCGCAUGGAUAGCCGCGCGAUGGAGUUUAAGCUAUCCGGCAUCCAAACUUCCGCCCACACCGCCCGUGCGCUGGCGCUGUCGGACUGCGGCAACUACGCCGUCGUCGGGUACUCCAGUGGAAACGUCGCCGUUUUGAGCCUGCAGAACCGCAGUGUGCGCCACCUGUUCGACGCCGGUCUUGGUGCCGAUCGAGCUCAUGACAGCUCGGUAGAAUGCGUAGAAGUGGCAUGCGGCAAUACCGUCGUCGUGACGGCCGGGCUGGACGGUGUGAUCAAGAUGUGGGACCUGUGGAGUGGCAAGUUGAAGGCAACUAUUCCUACCGGCCAGCCAAUGACCAAGUCGUGUCUGCACGAGUCGUCAUCGCUCUUUAUUGUAGCUCAACACUUUACCAUUCGCGUCUAUCAUGCCAACCCUGACGCUGGCCUCACCGAGGGGGAGUUGCGCGUCCCAGUCCGCGAGCUGGACGGCCACAACAGCCCUGUUACGGCACUUGCACUGGCUCCUGACACCUACCGCUACGUAGUAUCGACUUCCGGAGAUGGUGCGCUACUCAUAUGGGACUUGGCCGCCGCCGCCUGUGUCGGGCAGUACCGCUUCGUAUCGCCCGCUUUAUCCCUCAGUUUUCACCCUGAUGCGCUCUUCCUCGUCACCACACACGCCGGUGAGCGCGGCGCGUAUCUGUGGGUCAACAACAUCCGCUAUGGGUACGUGCCGGAGGUGGUCCUGGCUCCGAAGGCGAACGCGGUGGAGACGCUGCCGUGGCUGCACUUCCCCACUGCGCACGGGGCAGCUGAGGGGACUAGCGAGGGCAGUGCAAACGGAGGCGUGCCGCGCACGUCUGCAAGCGCGGCACUCACGGAGGCGGAGGAAGAAGAGCGCGCGGUCGCUGAGGCAGAGGAGCGGGAGGCAGCCACCACCGAGGCAUGCUUGUUUGAUGCAUCGCAGGACAUUGCCCUGGUACGCCGUCGACAGAUAGAGGCACAGCAGUUGGCGCUCGAUGCAAUCGCGACAGAAGGGAUGCAGCUCGCUGGCGUGCCGCAGCGCCUUUGGUUUAACCUCACUGUUCUGGACCAGAUCAAGGAGAAGAACCAACCUCUGCUCCCGCCCAAGAAAAAAGAUGUGCCCUUCUUUUUGCCCACCACACAGGAGCUGCGGCCCACUUUUCUGGUCCUGGUGUCUGAUAACCGUAAGGGCGAUGCCGAGAACGAGAAGGGGCGGGUUAUGCGUGCUGACAUGGAGGCGCUGACGCGGGUGCAGGAGAUGCUCGUGAACGCGGAACACGAUGCCCUCAUGGACUACUUUUUGUCGCUCAAAACGGCUCAAGCGAUCGACCUGGAGCUGAAGCGCGCGGUGGACUACGUGAACGGCAGCAGCUACACAGCUACUGAGCUGGCGAGGAUGCAAGCAUGCGUGAAGGGUUUGUUGUCUUUCAUAACGGCGUGGUUGCGACGCAACCAAAAUGUCGACUUGGUGCAAGGCAUCCUUGCGGAUGUGGUUCGCUCGCAUGGAGCGUUGCUGACUCGUUUUGGGGAUGCGCUCGUGCCGGCGCUGGAGGAGCUGGCGGAGGUGCAGAACAUGAUGCGCUACUCUCUAGAUCACCUCGUGUCGUACCCAGCCUGCCUCGCGGGGACCUUCUCUGGCACCAUCUUUUAA